GGUGAUCGUAUAGUUUUGGCUAAUAUUUCAUAUCUAAACCUGGGGUGACGUUUAGGACAGAACUAACCGUAAUUCCGGUUAUUAUUUCAUCUGAAUCGUUGGAGCAGAGUUUCAAUGGGAGGACUAGCCGGGCUGCUAGGCCGUUUACUUGGACGAAGUUACACCAGACCUCUUUCGUAAAUAGGGGAAAAAUGAAGACUCUGAUGGUGUUCGAUUUCGACCACACUGUGGUGGAUGACAACAGUGACACUUGGGUGAUUAAAUGCCUUCCAGGUCAGACUCUUCCGGACUCUGUGAAGAAUUCCUACAGAAAAGGCUACUGGACAGAGUUCAUGGGCAGUGUGAUGAACUACAUAGGAGACCAGAAGGUCAGCCCUGAGACGGUCCGCAGUGUGAUGGUGACCAUCCCCUUCACCGCUGGAAUGACGGAUCUGCUGACGUUCAUAUUGGACAACAAGAGCACCAUUGACUGCAUCGUCAUCUCUGACUCCAACACCGUGUUCAUAGACUGGAUCCUCCACGCCUCCGGCCUCCAGGCAGCCGUCGACCAGGUCUUCACCAACCCGGCGAAGUUCAACGAGGUCGGGUACAUGGAGGUGCAGUGCUACCACUCCCACGACUGCGCCCACUGCCCCGUCAACCUCUGCAAGAGAAGAGUCCUGGAGGGGUACCUGUCGGAGCAGUUCGACAGGGGCGUGGAGUACGAGCGGGUGUUGUACGCUGGUGACGGCGGGAACGACCUCUGUCCCACUUCCUGUCUGAGGGGGCGCGAUGUGGUGAUGCCCAGGAGAGGGUUCAUCCUGGAGAAACUGCUGGCCAAACUGGAAGACGACGCUUCUCUGAGUGCUAAAGUCAUAGCCUGGAGCAGCGGCACUGACAUCCUCCAGGAGCUGAAAGCCAGUAUGCAGGAGUAAUACUGACCAGAAUCUGUGUCACUGAAGUAUUGCACUGGCAGAGAUUCAUGGCCAAGAUGGUAUUGGACAAUUUUGUUGGUAAACGUAUUUAAAAAUUCGGUCCACACCCUUAACAGGAACAGCCCCCUCAAACAAGUUUGGACUCCCAGUUACAAUUAGAGAAUUACCUUUUAUUUGGAUGUGGAGGUGGGCAAUAGAGCCACUAGAAACCAGUUACAUGGGACGGAAUUUUUUCUUGAAGUGGAGGGAUGAAGCCCCUGACCGAGACAGCAGCUUGUGUGUGUGUGUGUGUGUUGUGGCAACUGGUGCUCGGUUGUUGAGUCUCGAUACCAAGCUAAGUUCCUCCGCGACAUUUAAACACAAAAUUUGACUCAAUGUCAUUACAAUCUAAUAUAUCAUACCUAAGUAAGAGUUUAUGAAUAUCAGUUAUUAUAUGAUGCGACGCGUAGCUGACUGAUAUGCUUUUAAAAACACUCCUUGUGAUAGGUAACCAGUAACAAUAUAAUCAAUAAGCCUUUUUUAAAUCGGUGAGCUGCCAUGCUCAGUUCCAGGACAAACUGAAGCUUGAUAAUUUUCACCUCUGCUUUUCCCCCUGGGACAUGUCACAAUGUCUUCAGUGAAUAAGGCGUAUUAAUGCUUGUCGUGUAUAAAUAUGAUGUUACAUCUGUGCCAGUAGCCAGCGCUUUAAACGCAACACCUCCACUAUCGUUUACCUCAGCAGCCCAAUAUUCUGCCAAGAUUAAAUCGAUCAACUUAGUCAAAGACGUCGUUGAUUGUAAGUCCAAAUGCUCUCGUGUUACUUAAUCAACUGAAAGUAAAAUGUCACUUGUAAUAGAAAAGAAAUAACCUCCAUAAUUACUGCAAUUUUAAGUUCAUAGAGUAGGAGAACACAUUACUGAGCCAAUUAGCUAUCACUCAGUUAGACUUUGGAUAUUAUUUUCACUCUUUAUAUAAUUAUUCCAAAAUGUGCAGCUUUAAAAUCCAAUGUAAAUGUAAUUAUUUAAGCUGAAUGAACGAAAAGAGACUAACUCUUUGCUGUUUUUAAUCCAUCAAGGCUUCACACAUUUGAGUAAUAACCAGAUGCCAGAUGUAUUAAAAUGAUCCAUAUGUACGUGCGGUGAGAAACCCGGAGAGGGUCUUGUUUCUCCAACGUGAAUGGAAACGUGUGUUUUUGUUUGACGCUAUAAUCAAAUGUGCUUUUGUUUUUUAAUUAUUUUUGUGAUUCUAAUGAUGCAAUUAAAACCAGAAACCUCUUGGUUCCCUUUC